AUGAAGUUACAUUUCUCCAGGUUUUCUAAAUGCCUACCUUCUCUACAGCAGAUAAACGACUACUUCAUUCUGCCUAUUGGCUUCUCAACUAAACCGUUUUAUCUGUACCCCAAAAUGAAAUCGAGAAUGCAAUACUUACAGCGAAGCUGUCUUGAAGGUGUGUUCCCAGAUCCGUCAUCGCUUGAAAACCAGGCGCAAGAAAGCGUUCAAGAGGAUCAAAACAAAGUGCCACAUUCUACACAAAAUAUAAACGCAUUAGAAGUACCUAUAACCGAACUAGAUACAAAAACAGGCAAACCUUUGGCCGAGACCAAAUCAGAUGCUGGAAUUGCGGAUAGUUCAUGUAAACAUGCUCUAGAUUUGCAUAAACACGGUGAUGAUAAUAUGAAGUCUCCCAGAAAAAAAUCAAAGGUUGAUUCUACAUUGCAGGUGUUUAAUAUGGACACGAAAUACUGCUACCGUCAUAACCCAAGAAUAAGGUGCAACAAAAUGGCGGACAAAAAGCAACUCACUGAGAUCCAGAAUAAACUAGAAACAUUUUCAAGGUCGGACCAGCAAACAAUUACUAGUGUUUGGUCCACCUUUGCCAACGCAUCUAGCAGUCAGCGUUCGCUCAUUUUACAAGGGCUUAUUGCACAAUGUUGCUUUCCGCAACUUUCUCUUAUAUCUCACGAAAUCUCACAUUUGCUUAAGAUCGAUUUCCUUGAAAUGUUACCGGGUGAAUUGGCUUUAAAGAUCUUAUGUUACUUAGACUGUCAGUCACUUUGUAAUGCGGCACAAGUAUCGACCAAAUGGAAGCAAUUGGCAGAUGAUGAUCGUGUUUGGAGAUACAUGUGUGAACAGCACAUUGAUAGGAAAUGUCCUCAGUGUGGUUGGGGGCUACCUUUAAUGGCUGUUCAGAAAUUGCAAGAGAACUCAAAAAGUAGCAGAAGGUUUUCGGAUGGGGAAGACACUGCAUCUCAACCUCAAUUUUUGGCAGUAAGUUCGUCAGUGCCACAGUGCCCUACACUGGCACCAGCAUCAACUGCUUUGGUAGAUGGUAGCAGCAAUGGCAAUCCUACGUGUGCACCUUAUAAAGUCCUGAGGAAGAAGAGGCCGUGGAAAGCGGUUUAUUCAGAGAGAUACACCGUUGAGAGACAUUGGAGGAAGGGCUACUAUUCUGUCAGAACCUUUGAAGGUCAUAAAGAUGGUGUUUUAUGUUGUCAGUACGAUAAUAAAAAUUUAUUACUUACAGGUUCGUAUGAUGCAACUGUUAAGAUUUGGGACGCAAAUACUGGUAAACUCAUUCGGACUUUAAAAGGACAUACUCUUGGAGUCAAGUCCCUUAUUUUUGACGACCAUAAGCUAAUAACGGGAAGUUUGGAUUCCACCAUCAAGGUGUGGAAUCUUAAAACUGGAGAAUGCAUAUCUACUUAUCCAGGCCAUAGAGAAGGAGUUAUCAGUGUUGAUUACAUUUGCAAAUUGAUUGUUAGUGGAAGUGCUGAUAAAACAAUAAAAGUCUGGCACGUUGAUACCAGGACUUGUUACACACUAAGAGGACACACAGAUUGGGUUACUUGUGUCAAAAUUCACAGUAAAAGCAGGACUUUGUUUAGUGCAAGUGAUGAUUCCACUAUUAAAUUAUGGGAUUUAGAUACCAAUCAAUGCAUUGCCACAUUUGGCGGUAUUGAAAAUGGUGGACAUACAGCCCAAGUUCAAUGUGUUAUUCCAUUCUCAUACUCUGAUGAAAUAACAACUGAUGCCAAUGUCAAUGAAAAGGACAAUUCUAGAAAUAACCAUGGUGAAGAUGGUGGUGCGGGAGAUAAUGAUGAUGAUGAUGAUGAUGAUGAUGAUGAUGAUGAUGAUGAUGAUAAUGAGCAUGAUGAGGAUAAUGAUGAUGGUGUCGAUGAAACACCAUUAGAGAAAUUCGUUAAAACCCGUGCCAAUCUUCCGAACUACAUUUUAACUGCAUCUUUAGAUAACACCAUUAAAUUAUGGGACGUUAAAACUGGAAAAUGUGUCAGAACCCAAUUUGGUCAUAUUGAAGGUGUAUGGUCUAUUUCUGCAGAUACAUUUAGAAUUGUUAGUGGUUCUCAUGAUAAAAGCAUAAAGAUUUGGGAUCUUCAAAAUGGACAAUGUAUGCAUACUUUAACUAAUGCAAGUUCCGUCACCUGUGUAGGAUUAGGUGAUUCUAGGAUUGUAUGUGGUCUAGAAAAUGGUGAAGUCAAAAUGUAUUGCUUUGACUGCCCUGAUCCAUAA